UUUGUAAGGCCUGUCGAAGAUUUAAUUUGUCAAUUUCCCCAACAUGCGCGCAGUAGCCCCUUACUUGGCUGGGUUCAGACACCACUCCUAGUGUAGAGUCAGAUGUGAAACCAAAACAUUACUUUUUCGCGAGUGGCAGUUGCCGGAUGAAAUGACGGACAUUAGUAUACACGUGUAGGAAGCCCUGACGAUGGGGCUCAGCCGAAUGGGGCCCCCAUUCGUGCUGCUAGCCUUGGCUUUGCCAUGGAUGGUGGCUGGGUCGCAAGGAGGGAGUUAUCUAGGAGACGUCAACAUAUCUGCCAUCCUAGAUUCAUUCGGUGUUAGUUACGACAAAAGAGUAAGGCCCAACUAUGGAGGCCCGCCUGUCGAGGUGGGAGUCACCAUGUACGUCCUCAGUAUCAGCUCAGUCUCGGAGGUCAUGAUGGAUUUCACUUUAGAUUUUUACUUUCGCCAGUUCUGGACGGAUCCUCGGCUCGCCUUCAGAAAACAGGCGGGCGUCGAGACGCUGUCCGUCGGUUCCGAAUUCAUCAAGAACAUCUGGGUUCCCGACACCUUCUUCGUAAACGAGAAAAAAUCCUAUUUUCACGUGGCCACUACGUCCAACGAGUUCAUUCGUAUUCAUCAUUCCGGAUCGAUCACAAGGAGCAUUCGAUUAACCAUCACAGCAUCAUGUCCCAUGAACCUACAGUAUUUUCCCAUGGAUCGGCAACUAUGUCAAAUAGAAAUAGAAAGUUUCGGCUAUACCAUGAGAGACAUCCGAUAUAAAUGGAACGAGGGACCUAACUCCGUGGGUGUCUCCAAUGAAGUGUCUUUGCCGCAAUUCAAAGUUCUAGGGCACAAACAAAGAGAUUCAGAAAUCAGCCUUACAACAGGAAACUAUUCCCGACUGGCCUGUGAAAUCCAAUUCGUGCGCUCGAUGGGCUACUACCUCAUCCAGAUCUAUAUUCCUUCGGGACUAAUCGUCAUCAUCUCCUGGGUCAGCUUCUGGCUGAACCGGACAGCCACACCGGCUCGUGUACAGUUGGGUGUCACCACCGUUCUCACGAUGACCACGCUGAUGUCUUCGACGAAUGCAGCACUGCCCAAGAUAUCGUACGUUAAAUCGAUUGACGUCUACUUGGGGACUUGUUUUAUUAUGGUUUUCGCUAGCUUAUUAGAAUACGCAACAGUUGGCUACUUAGCAAAAAGAAUACAAAUGCGAAUGAAUCGUUUCAUGGCGAUUCAAAAAAUGCUUGAGCAGAAGAAAUUCGUCAACGGUGGUCAGGACGCCCCUGGACAUGCCCCAAAACAAGCAGAGGUACGUUACAAAGUACAUGACCCAAAAGCGCACAGUAAAGGAGGUACUCUGGAGAGCAAAGUUAACUGCUCCAGAUCCCACAGCGCGCCCGACGAGGAGUUGGGUCUUCCCCAUCAUAUCCUGAAGCCGGGUAAGGAAAUCAACAAACUUUACGGGACUACACCAUCAGAUAUCGACAAGUAUUCCCGAAUAGUUUUUCCCGUCUGUUUUGUUUGUUUCAACCUCAUGUACUGGAUCAUCUAUCUACACAUCUCAGACGUAGUGGCAGAUGAUUUGGUUCUUCUAGGAUCAGAAUGAAUUCAAUAUUAUGUUCUUAUUUGUGGAAAAAACUAUUUUAUUUUUACUACUCAAUUUUACAUAUUAUUUGCAACGUGAUCUAACUGCAACUGUAUAGGAUUGAUCUAAAGUAAAAUUGGAAACUUUUUUUGCAAUAACGAAUUCCCAAACGAAUAUAUAAAAAAAUCAUUGCAAAUUUUUAGUUCAUUACGAAUAAUUACAGAAAUUUGAAUUGCUUUUAUCCAUAAUUUCAUUUGAUUUUUUGAGAAAUUAAGACCAGUUGAUUCCAAUACAUUUUGAUUCGCCCCUUGUUUCGACAGAUUUUCUACACCCUUUAUAUUCAGAUAAUUCAAUAGUUAUCGGAACACUGCCAAAAUAAAAAUCAGAUGAAUCUGCAGUUUAAUAGAUGAUUCAAUGAUUCAUAGUCUGAUUAUGAACCUUGGGGAUAGGAAAAUGUAAGCCUUGGAUGAAUAAGGAAAUCAGAAAGUUAUGGAUAGGAUAGUAAGUAAAUUAUUUUACUGCUAAUUCACUCUACAGUUGCAGCUAAUUUCGUAACAAAUUUUCGAAAUAAUGCUAAUGCUGAUGUAUUAUAUCACAUAAUAACCCAAAGAAUUUGUAGAAUUAACAAUGGAAUUGAAAAAUGAAUUCUUUUUCAACUUUUAUUGUGCGAAUACAAAUAUCAAACAGAAUGAUAUUAUAUUUUUCUCAAAAUGAAACAAUUUCAACGCAAACAAAUAUCAAAACAUGAGAUAAGUUAUUUUUCGGAGCAUAUGAAAUUUAACCGUAAUAAAUAUUUCGAAAGGUAGGUAAUAUUCAGAUCUUUUACACCAACAUACCCUUAUUCACAUUAUAAAUUAGUUGUAGCAAAUAUCAAAGUUCGCACAGACGAUAACUAUACAAACAUCAAGUGCACAAUUCAAAAAUUUUUCUCUCAAUUUAUUUGAAAAUAAUAAAAGGUUGUGAAAAAUUCUGACUACAUCCAAUUUUAUGGUAACUUUCAUAUUCUUAUUCACUGGAACUGAGAUAUGGAUAAUCUCGAAAUCAAUUCAUAGGUGAAUAUAAGUUGUUCAGCAAUUAGAUGUAUUCAGAAUAAUCUUCUUUAUAAACGUACUAAUCGUUCAGUACACAUUAAAAUUUAUAACUGAAGGUUUUAUUAGAAAAAAACUUUCAUCUGAGACAAUGAAUAUUGAAUUGAAAUGACAACAAAAAUAAUGCUCAAACAUAUAUUUAUUAAAUGUUCCUCUGUUUGGAAGUUAUUUCCAUUAGUAAAUCUUAAUUCAUUUUCAUUGAUGAUCGGUUAAAAUAACUCAAUUGCAGUCAAAUAAAAUAUCGUUUACUUUCGUUUAUUCUUCAUAUAAACAAGAGUACGAAGACGAUCAAAAGUAAGCAAUGUCUCCAGAUUUUCCUUAAGUUUUUUUUGACUAGUAUCAAUUUUCUAUAUUUAAUAAUCGAAUGUUCAGUAGAAAUACUUCUAUUGAAACACGUUUGACCAUCUUCAAGAUACUCAAAAAUCUUCUUUAUAACGAAGUUACACUAACCCAAAUUGGGUACCGAACAUAAAAUGACAUUUCGAAAGACUAUAAACAUAUAUGUGAAAAAAAAUGUAUGAAAUGGACGUUGGAGUGUACAGGUAGUAGAAAAUUGCAUAAAUAUUCAGCGUGGUUAGGAAAUAAAUCAAUUUGCUGGUCAUAAAUGAUUUUCUAAUCUUUUUUCAUAUCUAUCUUUUGUUGUUGAUUGGUUAUAGUUAUAGAAUAUAGUUUAUUGUGGAUCUGCGAAAAUGAAUGAAUCUGAGCAUUAGUGAUUUCGAUAUUCAUAGAGAGUGGAGAAAUAUUAAGUCAGAUUAAUUUGCAACUAUUCCAUGAUUGAUGCAAGUCAUCAGAUUCUUUCAUAAUUGCGGUUUCUGAUGUUUAUUUAAUGUUACGACCUGUUUAUAUUGUAUUUUCAGAUUUAUAUCAUGUAAUAUUGAGAUUAAUUUCUUCAAAUACAGACUUUUAAUCCUGUUGCAUACUUUUAUAGUUUAUAUUUAUGAAACGAUAAGUUUUCGUAAACUGUUUGUACAUAUUGUAUUUUUUUAAAAUACCCCACUUCAGCACUUGCUUUUUCCAAUAAACUUUUAAAAUUUUCGAGCACGAACCAGCCUGAAUCAAAAACAGACUGAGCUCUUUCAAUAAUUGGUUGAAAUGGUAGCCAAUUUUCCAAAAUAAUUUGAAUUAUCUAAUACCAGCUCAAAAAUAUAUUCAUCUCAAUUCUCCUUCUAAUUAUUGAUUCAGCUCAUCUGUGUGAAAUAUGCAAUAUGAUGCAAUAUAAUGAUAAGUGUACUUUAUUAGAAAGUUAGUUAUACAUAGCGAACUUAUAUAUAGAUAGGUAAUGACUGUACAUAUAUACCUGCUAUGAAAUAAGUAUAAUAGAAUCACCAUAACUACUCACCUUUGAAACUUAAAAUGGGCACACCACAAAUCAAAAUAUUAUACCCGUUCAACUAUUAUGAACCACGAAAAUUGUUUUUCACUAUACUUACUCGGAAUUAGAACCAACUUCAUAAUGAAUUCUGACUACAUUUCUCACACAAGAUUAAGUCGAUUAUUUCAAUUGUUCUUCAGUUUCGAUCAAAAGAUGGACUAGAAAAAGGUCUGGUAUGAAGAACAAAAAUGUCGAGCUCCCUAUAGUAGAAAUGAUAUUCAUUAACAUGCACUCAUUAUAUUCCUUAUACCUUAUAAUACCUACCAUUCAUAUUAUGGAUUCAUAACGGAUUCAAUCAGGUUAUCUAUGGAUUUAAUAUAAUUUGACGUAUUUUCAUUCAAAGUAUGUUACUUGAUUUUUCAUGCAACAUAUAACCCCAUAAAAUUACAUAAAACAGGAGCCGAUAUUUUAGUUCUUCAAUUAAGUGUUGGAAAAAAUUAUAAAUUCAACUAUAUACAAGCAGAGUGUAUUAAGAAUUGUGGGUGAAAAAAAUAUUAUAAUUCCAUUCAUCAUUUGCAGGGUUCAUUUAUCAUGAAAAGUAGAGUUUAUUUCAAUAGUUAUAUGAUAUCAUUGUAAUGAGCAAUAGGGGCAACAAAUUAUCACCUGCCUCCUUAAUUUCGAUAGAAUUUUUCGUCGGAUAAAUACCUGAAAAACAUGAAAAUUCAUCUUUUUCAUAGUAUGUACCUACUGAUAUUCCCGGCGAAUUCAACUGAUAAAGUUCAUAAAAGUCUGCUGAAAACAUAGCCUAAGGGCUCAAAAUUGCUAUGCUUUCAUCCAACUUUUGGAUCAGUUUGUGCACCUAUUGUUCAUGGUCAUAAUAUUCUAAAUAAAUAUAAAUUAUACCUACUUAGUGCACACAUUCUGAAGGGAAGAAGCAAGAUAAUGUAGGCAAAAAUUCUGGGGGGUUAGUAUGUUGUUCCAAGGAAAUGUGCAUUGCGUAAACAUAUAUAAUUUGUCGUUUUUAUUUUAAUAAAAAAAUCAAACG